CAUUGGCCGCCAGCCAUGGGCUCCUGCCUCUCCACCCAGCCCGGCGACGAGCCGGCGUGGCCGCACUGGUGGCGCAAGGGCCACCGCUUCGGCGGCCAGCGGGAGGGCGCGGCCGGCGGCGGCGUCUUCUUCUCCAGCGCCGUCGGCGGCGGGAAGCUCCCCGGCGCCGGCGGGGAGAUGAUGACGGAGGAGGAGCUCGCGCGGGUCGCCGGGAGGACGUGCGCCAACGGCGCCAGCGCGGCGGCGUGUCUCCACACGCAGCAGGGGCGGAAGGGCACCAACCAGGACGCCAUGGUCGUCUGGGAGAGUUUCAAUUCAGGUGAUAGCGUCUUUUGCGGCGUAUUUGAUGGUCACGGGCCAUACGGUCAUUUUGUCGCCAGGAAAGUUAGAGAUUCUCUUCCUGUUAAGUUACUCACUCAAUGGAAAACCAGUGUUAAUGGGGGCACUAGUCCUCAUCUAAAUGGAAGCAUUUCCGGAAGUUUAAACUCCGAAGAAACAGCAGGUGCUGGUGAUGAUGAAUGGGGUGAGUCUGUCGGUGUUGAUGGAAGUGAUAUGCUCCCUGAGACAUUCCUUCCACUUAAGCACUCUUAUUUGAAGGCUUUCAAAUCGAUGGACAAGGAGCUCAAGAUGCAUCCCACAAUUGAUUGCUUUUGCAGUGGUAGUACGGCUGUCACAUUGGUCAAACAGGGAUGUGAUCUCGUAGUUGGAAAUCUUGGGGACUCGAGAGCAGUAAUGGCAACCCGGGAUGCUGCUAACAAUCUAACUGCUGUACAACUCACUGUUGAUUUGAAGCCUAACCUUCCCAAGGAAGCUGCGAGGAUCCAGCAAUGCAGAGGACGGGUUUUUGCUCUUCAAGAUGAACCAGAAGUUUCAAGAGUAUGGUUGCCAAAUAAUGAUUCUCCUGGAUUGGCAAUGGCAAGAGCUUUUGGGGACUUCUGCCUUAAAGAUUAUGGAUUAAUAUCUGUUCCAGAGAUAUCAUAUCGCCGUCUUACUGAAAAGGAUGAGUUUAUAAUACUUGCCACUGAUGGGGUCUGGGAUGUUCUCUCAAACAAGGAUGCUGUUGACAUUGUAGCUGCAGCUCCAUCUCGAGCAACAGCUGCCAGGGCUCUCGUUGAUUGUGCUGUCAGAUCUUGGAGAUUGAAGUUCCCAACAUCCAAGAUAGAUGACUGCGCUGCUGUCUGCUUAUUCUUAGACCAUGGAAAAUCACCUGACUUGGUAGAAGAGAGCGAAGCCAACAGUGGAAAGCCAGAACCUGCGGAGGAUGCUUUGAUAACAGAUACCAGUAAUAAGAUUAAUGAAGACAGCGCAGAUGUAAAUGAACAUAUCUCCAGAGAAGAGAAAAUUCCAGAGCCCACAUUGGAGCACUCGUCAACGGUAAGAAAUGUUGAUGAGAUCAUACCGGUGGACGAACCUCCUGUCUCAAAGCAACCUGAAAGGUGUGGGUCUGCCCGCAGCCUGGCUGACUGCAUAUCCACAAACGAGGAGGAGGAAUGGUCUGCGCUCGAAGGCGUGACACGCGUAAAUUCCCUCUUGAACCUCCCGAGAAAAGUCUCAGGUGACAAGAGGUCUACCAGCUGGAGGAAGAAACGUUGAACCAACAUCAAGAAAAAUCCAUCUAGUCUGGUGGAAGUCAGGUAGGGUGUUCGUAGAGAUGCAGACUUGAGCCAUUUUCGAUCAAUUUUUAGGCCCCAACCCUGAAUUGUUUCAGGCUGGCUGACAGGCGUGUACAUUCAAGAAUACUGUUCCUUCUUGUGCAGGAGGUGUUCCAUGCUUGGGCUUCUUGUUUGUGCAUAAGAAAGUUUUUGUUCUGUGAGAAGCUUUUCUAUAAAUCAUGACCUCCCCUGUAAUGUAGCUGUACCAGGACAAAAAUUAAGUCAUCUUUGUGUAGUAGGCCAUGUUAAUUUUCGUUUCAAAGUGUAAGCUUCUUUAUUUUCGUUUCAAAGUGUAAGCUUCUCUAGAUUAUCAUUUUCUUGUGCUCUCCACGUAAUCCUUGAAUGAGAGGCAAUUUCGCAAA